UGCCCGCCCCUGGUGAGCCGGGCCGUUCCGCUAGGGCCCAGGAAGAACGAGUCGAUAGCCGAGGAAACGGUUGAGGGAGCAGCCGGUGUACACCGGCAGCGGCUGAACUGGUUCACCUCUUCUGUGUAAUAGCUGGAGGAAAGUCACUAAACAAGAGCAGCAGGGUUAUGUGACUGGAGUACUAACGCAAAUUUUAGUACCAUCACCAGUUAAAAGGUAAAGUCUGUUCUAAGCAAUGUUUGCAAAUGAAAUGGCUAAGGCAACCUGCAUAAUUGGACACAAAAGGUCCCAUAAAUGUAAUGAAGAAGUGGAAGAACCCCAGAAAACUAAAAAGAAAAGGAAGGUAGAUGAAGACACUUGCCAAAACCAGCACCAACGAAAGGAGAAGAAAUCCCGCUUGUCAGCUGGGUUGUUUGGUGAAGAUUGUGAAAUCAGCCAUGAACAGGUAUAUGAGUUCCUAAAGUACGCAGCUUUGGGAAAACGUCACAAUGCAUCUCAACCCAGCUGGUGCCGUAUUUAUCACCGAAGACACCUGGCUAAGGUUGUGGUUAUUGUUCUUCAGGAAGUCAGCCAGCUCUAUUUCUACAGGUUCUAUUUGCAAUUCAGACAUCUCAGAAGGGCAUUUCAACAUAGAUUCAGUUUACCGCCUACUUCAGCUAAUUUUAUAGCUAGUGUGUGUGGAGAAGGCAUAAGUAUGAAACAUCAGAACAGCAUACAAGGUUCAGCUUCUGCCUCUAGUGGACAUAUUUCUAAGAACUCAGACCUGCAAAAAGACCCGAUCAUUGAGAAAUACGGCGAGGAAAAGCAUGGUCUGACCAGCUAUAUUCUAACCUUGGAAGAGAUGAGAAAAUACAAUUAUCCUUUAGAAGGAUCCUUUGGGUGUGAGAAUUAUGUCCACACACAAUGCGAGAGACCGAGGACAGACAGCAGCCCCCUGUUUGGGCUGGAUUGUGAAAUGUGCCUCACUGAGAAGGGGAAUGAAGUAACUCGAGUCUCACUGGUGGAUGCAGAGGGUCGGUGCAUCAUGGAUGAGCUUAUAAAACCUGAAACCCAGAUACUGAACUACCUCACCAGAUACUCAGGAAUCACAAGGAAGAUUCUUCUUCCAGUGAAAACAAAACUCCCAGAGAUUCAGGACAAACUAAAGAAAUUGCUUCCCCGUGAUGCGGUAUUAGUGGGUCACUCUUUAAAUGCUGACCUUCACGCUUUACAAAUGAUACACCCCAGUGUUAUUGACACCUCAUUGCUUUUUGCCAGACACAAAGGUCGACGGUUCAAGCUAAAAUUCUUAGCGAAAGCUGUUUUAGGGAAGGAAAUUCAAUGUGAAAAUAAAGUUGGUCAUGAUCCAACAGAAGAUGCUGAAGCUGCAAUUGAAUUGCUUCAAUAUUUUAUUGACCAGGGACCCAGAAAGGUAGUAGAACUAAAUUUGGAGACGGUGCUGUCAGCCCCAAAUCUGAUGGAGUUGUCACAGCAAAAAUCUGCAUUACAGCUGCAACAGAAUGGAAUCCAGAAGCAGUCAAGUGAACCUCCAAGCAUACCCCAACCAUGGCGUUUUUUAGACCAUUUGAAUGCUGCUGGCCAAAAAACUCUCCUUUUGAGCAGAAAGGAACUAGCCUCUUCUGGCUUGGGUCAGAACAGUCUGAGCACUUCAAACAAACAGAUACUUAAAAGAGCUAUACAAGAAGUUCCUCUGUCCUCAUUCAGUGUCAUUCAGUUCGCUUUGCGUUCAGAGCAUGUUGCACCAAACCUUGUUGCUGAAGUUUGUGAAAAGAUGAGAAUCCAGCUAGCUGACAUGCUGACUGUAUAUGCAGGUCCAUUUGAUAAAGACUUUUGCCUGAAGUCUUUAAGGAGAGAAUUUAAAAAGUGUGGUCCUAUCCAAUCACUUACUGUGCUCACUGAAACACACCAGCCCCACAUCUGUAUCCAGUAUGAAGUAUUAGAAGCUGCUCAGCUUGCUAUGGAAAGUCUGAAUGGAGCUGAUGUUGCAGGGUCCUGCAUCAAGGUUCAGAGACCCGUCACUGUGAUGAUGCUAGACUGUGACAUGCUGAUAAAAGAGCUGGAAAUGGAUAUUGAAAACGAAGGUGUGAUUUAUGUGGCGGGGCUGAAGAAAACCCUAACUGAGAUAGACUUGCAAGAGAAAUUCAGUCAUUUGAAAGACCUGCAAGCUCUUUUCUGGCCUAGGGAUCUCAAAAGAGGGAAGCACAGAAAUUACUGUUUCCUGAAGUUUCAAACCUCAGAAAGUGCCCUAGAGGCUCUUCAAGAUAUAAACAGGCAAGGAGCUGAAGGCAGCCAACUGCAAAGUAGAAAAGCUCUCACUACUAGCCACCUCCACAGAUGGAUUUGUCAUAUGGCCCAUAACAAUGGGAAGCCUAUUCAGCUGGCACAUCGCAUCCUACAUGUGAAAAAAGAACAACUAUCUACCUCUGAGCAAGACCUAAGGAAAAAGCUGAAGAAGUUAGACCACAGUAUCAAAAAGCUCUAUAGAAGUCUGGAGAAUAAUACACUUUGUGUCGUUCUUUUGCCAGGUGUAAACAGUGUUCAUGGAUCAUUCUCUGGCCUCGGUCUGAUGGGAAUAAAGGAAGAAAGCAAGAGUAGUGUCUGUUAGACUGCCAGGUUUUAGAAAAAAGUCUUAAGAUUUUUUUUAAUUAAUUCUAUACCCCAAGAACAAGAGGCUCUGCAGGUGUACUUUAACAUUUAAAAAUAAAACAAUUCAAAACUGUUAGUCGCAGCAACCCCUUCUUCUAUUAACACUUCUAGCUUUGGUGCUUUUGGCUGGCUUGUAGCCAGCUCACUGCUUAGGGAGCUGUGUGUGUGUGCAGAGACUGCUAAGACAAAACCGGUAAGCUAAGGUGGUCAAUUUUUCUAGAAGCUGAAUGGUCCUUAUCUAGAGGGCGCUUAAGUCUGUAAAUGGCUUGUAAGGAUACUUGUCAGCUGGGCUGCUUUCACUUGGCUGAUCCUUGACAGACAGACUAUGCAAAAUUAAUGUACAUCUGUCCCCCAAGAAAGCUGCUUUGAGGUUGUAGGAACUCUGCACCAGUGUUGUGGAGUCUCUGGAAAUUGGGCCUCAAUUAACAUUUCAUGUAAAUGUCUGUUAUAGAUGGUGUGUUAUGCUUUUCAAGUACCUAACAGGUGAAAUUCACACAGGCAUAAUGAUGAAGUUGCACUGGGCAUAAGAUAGGAAACCAGGACCUCACACCUACAUAAAGAGCAGCAGACUUCCUUCCCUAGGCAGGAGAAGCAGCAUUGUAACCUUUUGGGUUAGGCCUAGUUUCAGAGGUAGGUUUCACAUCCAAGAGCAGAGGAUGUUGGUGUCUUUAGCAGGAUACAAAUAAUUUGUCUCAUCCCUUGCCCUCCCCCCCCCCCCCAAUCAGGGCUUGCUUUAUGUCCUCACAGGUUAACUAGUUGCUGCUAACUGUUCGUAAAUCAGGACCGCCCCAAAAACUAAACAAGCUCUCAUUUGAUAGUGAGACAGUAAUGCUCCAGUUGAGAAAGAGGAACAUUUUUUCCAGUAAGAGAAUUAAUCAGACUGAACUAUCUCACAGUCCUGAGAAGAGACAUUGAAUUGUAAAGCAAUGAUUAAGGACAGGCCAAAAUAAUCAGUGGAGAUAUUAGAGCACCCCCCACCACAUCCCACUUACCAUUUUCCCACAGGGAUAAAGGAAUUCAGAUUACUCAUCUGGUGAGUUACACUCUACCUCGAGCCAUCCAAGGAAGUUCCCAACCAAAAAAAUGAAUGGAGCCAUUGUCUGUGCUAAGGGGGUGGGGGGGGAAGAAGCAAGAUUCCCACUGUCCAUUAAGCAGCUUAGUCCCCUUCUGGAUAUGCAGUGCUUUUAUUGGUGGAACUCCUGUGGAUCAGCUGAAAGCAUUCAUACCAUAGAACUAUAAGUGAAGAUACCCUGGAUGUCAGACAUACAGAGAGGAUUUGUUGAAGGAAAGAAAGAGCGGUGGCCUAAAGGGGAAGCAAUACUGAAUGUGACAAAGGUAUCAAAUAAACAGCAACAAGUUUAAUUAUAACAAAGACCGUACUGUCCUCAGUCUCUAUUACAAAGCUCUCACUAACGUCAGUGGGAGAUCUGCUGUGGAUUGAAGGGACUAUGAACUCCUGAAAUACAUCCCAGCCUAAGGACCAUAAUUGAACAUGAAAUGCAUCCCUCCUCUCCAAAUGAGCUGGAGCCCCAGGCUGCCAACACUACACAUCUAGAUGAACACACAGUUUUACACCAGGGCAGCGGCAGCAUGAGAAUCAGAUGGCUGGAACUGGCUCCCUGCCUGGGAUCCCAUCCCCCACUCCAAGCAGACCUUGGCCCACCUUCUCUGCUGCAUCAUAUUUUAAUACUGGAGGGGAAGACAAUGCUAGGUGACCAAUCUAUGAACAACUGAUCCAGCUCCCACUGAGAUCAAUAGCAAGAUUCUGACUUCAACGGGAGUUGGACUGAACUCUUUGGAAGUAGAGGCCCCACGGAUGGCUGGCUGUACCCAGCACACCUCCUUGCUUUGGUGUACGUCGACACUGCAGCUAGGAUAGUGCUUCCUAGCACAGACAGACAUAUACACAUUAGCUCUCCUCCAGCUGGUGCACUAAAAAUAGUGUGGCCACAGUGACACGAGCAGCAGCUCAGACUAGCUGCCCGAGUACAAAGUAGCCCAACCCAUUGGGUAUGUACUCGGGCAGCUCGCCUGAGCCAUUGCCUGUUCCACUGCGGCCUCACUGCAGUUUCAGCUCUGCUCAAGCUAGCGUGCUAACGCAUGGUCUUGCUACUUGCGCUGUAAAGUGCCCUCCCAGCUGCAGUGUGGACAUAGCCUUUGAUUUCUGCACUACAAAGUAAAGGGCUUGUUUCCCCAGCAUGCGAUUAAAUGCAAGCAGUGAAGACAAUGUUUAGUUGGUAAACAUCCAGGAUCCUGUUUGAAAAAAAGUUAUGGAGAUGACAAAUAAUGCUGGCAACAAUCCUAGUUAUAGUCAUUAAAAAAAUAAUUAAAGUUUCCCCUUUUAAUUGAAAAUUUAUGUAAAAAGGACUUCAGCUUUAAAUAAGACAUUUGUACAAAGCUUUAACACAAAACAGUGAACACCACGCAAAAUGUGCAUUAUGUAAACACCAAAACGUUCUUCAUUUGUUCAGUAAUGCACAGAACAAUGCUGCAAAUUCCCUUUCCAGUGGAUUGAAUUUCUGUAGCUAUCCCUCCCCCCCCCCACCCCCCAAAUCUUACUGGAAUACAGGAAAUCCAGAAGCUUUGAAACAUUUACAGAGCUACAGUAGUCAAAAUACAUUGUAACUAAAGGAUUUUAAGGGAUAGUUUAAAUACAGAAAUAUUUUUACAGUCUCACAGGUAAAUGAACGGCAGAUCAGAUUAGAAAAAAAAAGGACCAAAAUAUUUAAUAUACAUCUGGCACAAGGUCUACAAGAAGUUGGCAAUGGACAAACCAAUCCCUUGCUUUUUAGAGAAAAGAAAAACCAGACUGCAUUUAAUGCUCCUAUUUAGUAAGGGACACAGCUUAAAAACAAAUAAAUCACAUCCAAGACAACUAUAACCAAAUAGAAUCUUAGUUUGUUUGCUUUGUGCUUUUGACAGCACUUCCUAGAGCACGUUCACUGUUCCACUCUGGGGGACUUGCACACAGUAACAACUGGUGAGAAAAAGUGUUACUGUAAAAAAACCACAAAUAUUGGCAAGGAGACUCAAAGCAGCAGAACUAAUGUUAUAAAAAGUUUCAAAUGGGCUCUAUCCCUUUAAAAAAAAAAAAA